UAUAGGGCCCAUAAUAAAAGAAAAAAGAAAGAAAGAAGAGUGACGCGUGAUCAUCGCGCGUUGACGACUGAUGCCACGCAUCGAUGCACGAAUUAAUAAUUUAAAUUAUUAGAUCCAACUGGAAUAUCAGUGCAUUCGCUGACAUCGCUGACGAGAACGAUGAGUGAUAGUGCCGGGAACCUCGGAAAAAUGGAGGAUGACUUUAAUGAUUCCACAGGUGUAUUGUGGUAAUCAUCGGCGCGCGUGUGUAGUGUCUGGUCUUUUCCGCGCACUGAUUGUCGCUGAUUUCUCUGACAAGGAUCUACUGUCAUCUCCAAGAUUAUCUAUUCCAGUCGUCUUAGAUUAUUCAUAUGGAUGUCAGAUAAGUUUCUAUAUAAGUUUUAUUACAUGGAUGCAAUCUGAUUUAAUAAAGAUGAUUCUCCAGUCUCCACGAUAUAAAAUAGUGAAUCAUCAUUUCAAGAUUUUUAUGAAGAAACAUACCAAAGCGAGACUCUGCAAAUUGAACAACGGUUACGGAGUUAUACCUAUAAUUGCGUUAAUUGUGAAUGGCAAAACUAAGGAUUAUAUCGUGGGUUUUACUGAAUUAAGAAACUAUGAUGAUUUUUUUACAUAAACAUUGCAAUGCUGUUUUGCACAAUUUGAUGUGAUCAAUUAUAACGAUGAUAUACAAUGGUCAGAAAAGAAGUA